AUGGGAGCACCAAGUAGCAAAAUCGAUCCACAACUACUCGAAGAUAUUAGCACUCUCGCUAGCGACGCAGCCACCAGCAUUCCAACAAAUUACGCAAAAGAAAAUGCACGUAUCGUUAUCGAGAUGACAAAAGCAUCACCAGAACCUUAUGAAGAUCUACUAUUAUCGGAUUAUCCAGAGAAAAAUUUAUCAAAAAUAAAUGCAUUGGCUCUCAAAUAUGCGACAACAAAAGAAGCAAAGCAGCAGAUUUCUAAUGAUAUCAAUGAAAAAAUGAAACCAAAGGUUGAAGCAAAAAUAGCUAAUUUAAAUCCUCUUGCACAAAAAGCUGUACGUAAAGCUGUGAAAAAAUCUAUUGAAGAAGCAGUUGACAAAUCUGUGGACGAAGCAAUUAAAAAAAUUGAUACUAAAGAUAAACCAACAAAAUACGAAAAUCAUACUACUGAUAGAUCAAUCAAAUCAGAAAAACAAUAA